AUGGGCAGCAGUCCACAAGCCGAGAAGGACGGGCUAAGGCUUUCCGAAAUCAUCGAAAGUAUAGGCUCACAAUCAUCGAGAACGCGGGUGCAGCCCUGCUCGACACAGGAAAAGCCGACCUUAAAGGAAGAUGACGACGAGAUUGAUCCUGACAUCCGCGAACUCGGGGACUAUUUCAACAUCGAGGAGCGAUGGGUGGUUCGCCUAAAUGAGGCAAUGAAGAAGCGACAGGACACGAAGACUGUGGACAUCGAGAAGCUUUAUGAAGUCUUAGAGUUCAUGGCGGCACUUACUUCUGCGGCAUUUUUAGUGCAACCAUGUGCAGCCUUGAACUCGCAAAUGAAGAGAGAUGGAUGUGCAGCAUCUGAGGAGAAAGCACGAAGUCCGACGGGGCUGCUAACGGUGCAAAUCGGCAAAAUGGAAUGCGGGCAGUUCGUUGGCAAGAUCAAGCCGGACAAGGACGUGGAGCGGAUGGCAAGCAACUUGGGCAGCGCUCCGUUCACUAGCCCGGAUUUGUGGGUUCCAGGAAAGUUCAAGCUCGACGAUCCCGUGACCUCACGGUUGACUGAGCUCAAGGUCUGGCGAAAGCGAAAUGGUCAGGAAGACAGGGCUACGAAGGACUUGGAGAGAAUAGAGUAUCACCUGCGCUUUGCCAAGAGGCCCAACGCUUUGUGCACACUUCUGGUCGGGAAGCUUCUUGAAGGCGAGAUGGAUGAGCUGCCAGAUCUCACCAAGGCGGAGAAGAUCAUGACGGAUUACAAGCUGGAUGAGGACGCUUGCUCGAAGAUGCGGGAGAUCAUAGAGAAGCGUUAUGAAGACGAAGAACGCGUGCUCACCAGUGUUCGGAAGCACCUGAACAGUGCCAGCAACGCUUCCUCGAUGUUGUGCAAGAUUGCCCGGCAGCUCAUCGAUGGGGGCGACUUGCCAGAUCCACCCGAGCGGCCGCCGAAGGGCAAAGGCGGCGGCAAGGACGGUGGCAAGGACGACGGCGAGCGUGGCGAGCGCGGCUUGACUGCCAUCGGAACCCAUCGGAGCUUGCUCCUGCUGGAGAAGGCGGCGGAUCCACUGCCUCUGCACCGGCUCCUUGUGGUCCUGGUGCUUGUGGAGGUUGCUGUCCAGGCUGCUGUCCGGGUUGUGGCGGGUGCCCAUGCUGUCCGUGUGGCGGCUGCUGUGGCCCUUGCGGCUGUCCAUGUGGCGGCUGCGGAUGCGGGCCCUGCGGUCCUUGCAGCCCCUGCGGAUGCGGCUGCCCACGCCCCACUGGACCAGGAUCUUGCCCGGGCUGCGGAGCAUGCCCUAGUUGCCCUGGCUGCCCAAACGCUUGUCCCUGCCCUGGCGGGUGCCCUGGCCCGACUGGAUGUCCUGGCUGCUGCCCGGGUGCGCAACAAUCCGAUGAUGGCCAUGAUGAUGAGCCUCCUCUGGAUGAUGAAUAUGCAGCAGAUGAUGGCCAAAGCCGGUGGGGCCCCACCGGAACAGGGGAUGAGUGCCAUGAAUCCCAUGGCUGCCAUGAUGGGUGCCUUGGUCGUCAGCAGCAUGCGUGCGCUGUCGAUCCCCGCGGGCAUGGCGAACAUGGGGGGUGGCGGCGCUGGCCCUCCAGCACCGGAGAAGGAGAAGCCGACGAUAAAGGACGAUGAUGACGAGACGAUUGACCCCGAUCUCCGUGAGCUCGGGGACUACUUCAACAUCGAGGAGCGCUGGGUGGUUCGCUUAAACGAGGCCAUGAAGAAGCGACAGGACACGAAAGCCCAGGACAUUGAGAAGCUUUAUGAGGUCUUGGAAUCCGAGAAGGCUAGAAGCCCGACGGGGCUGCUGACGGUGCAAAUCGGCAAAAUGGAGUGCGGGCAGUUCGUUGGCAAGAUCAAGCCGGACAAGGAUGUGGAGCGGAUGGCAAGAAAGUUCAAGCUUGACGACCAUGUGACGUCAAGGGUGACGGAGCUGAAGGUAUGGCGCAAGCGCAAUGGCGAAGAGGAUCGGGCCAUGAAGGACUUGGAGCGGAUAGAGUAUCACCUGCGCUUCGCCAAAAGGCCCAAUGCGCUGUGCACGCUCCUCGUGGGGCGGCUCUUAGAAGGUGAGAUCGACGAGCUGCCAGAUCUGACCAAUGCUGAAAAGAUCAUGACCGAUUUCAAGUUGGACGAGGACGCUUGUUCCAAGAUGAGGGAGAUCAUCGAGAAGCGUCACUUGCUCAGCACAAACAUCUCCAUGGGGGUUUGCAGCUUUGCAGUGGUGUUCGCACUUGAGUUUCUGAGCGUAUUGAGGGAGAUGGGUGACAACCAUCAGUCAUGCUCUGCCGACGAAGAGCGCGUGCUCACCUCUGUUCGAAAGCACUUGAAGUCGGCGAGCAAUGCUUCGUCAAUGUUGUGCAAGAUAGCCCGGCAGCUCAUCGAUGGGGGCGACUUGCCAGAUCCACCCGAGCGGCCGCCGAAGGGCAAAGGCGGCGGCAAGGACGGUGGCAAGGACGAUGGCGAGCGCGGCGAGCGUAGAGACCGUGAUGGUGGAGACCGGCAUCACGAUCGAGAUCGAGACCGCCACAAGCGCGACCGGAGUCGCAGCCGAGACCGACGGGAGCGCCGCGACAGCCGUGGCCGCUAA